AUGUCUUCAGCACAAGGGCAAUCAGUCCCCCACCCAUUCGACCCGCUUACACCCCAAGAGAUCCGUCUGGGCUUUCGCAUCUUGCGGUCAGCGUUUCCAGAAGCUCAGCUUCGGAUCAACCGAAUCGACCUCCAGGAGCCUAUCAAAAGAGAAGUUAUUCCCUAUAUCGAGGCAGAGCGGCUCGGGAAGCCUCUACCCCAGAAGCCAACCCGUUUACUCUACGCAUACUUUCACCGUCUCGACACAGGGGCAUGCUGCAAAGCUUUGCUCAACGCUGACAAUGCAUCCGUUGUCUACGCAAAAGAGUUACCGGCUGGAGUUCAGAUCCCCAUGGAUGUAGACGAGAUCACAGACAUUGAGAAGCUUUGCAUGGAGCACCCAGCCGUCCUGGCCGAGAUCGAGAAGUUGAAGCUUCCCAAGGGAGUCACGGUUUGCAAUGAUCCUUGGAUGUACGGCACCGACAAUGUCAAUGAGACCCGUCGUCUCUUCCAGUGCUUCAUGUACAUCAUGUCCGUGGAUCAUCCCGAAAACAACCACUACUCCGUCCCAUGCAAGUUCUCUCCCGUUUUCGACGGCCAAACCCGUGAGCUGGUCCGCAUGGACUACCUGCCGGGAGGCUCCGAUACCCAAACAGUUGAGACGCGACCCUGGAAGCCAGUAAAGACCAUACAAUAUGCACAUGACCUCUUGGAUGAGCCUCUCCGCACCGACCUCAAGCCUUACAUUGUCCAACAACCGGAAGGUGCCUCGUUCUCGGUAGAUGGAAACAAGGUCCACUGGCAGAAGUGGCGUUUCCGAGUCGGAUUCAAUAACCGCGAUGGCUUGGUCCUCUACAAUCUCACCUACGACAACCGCAACGUUCUCUACCGGCUUUCUGUGUCUGAGAUGACCGUGCCUUAUGGAGACCCUCGAGCACCGUACCAUAGGAAGCAAGCUUUUGAUGUUGGAGAUGUAGGGUUCGGCCUGAACGCGAACCAGCUCUCCCUAGGAUGUGACUGCCUAGGCCACAUCAAGUAUUUUGACGGCUACCGAGCCGAUUCCAAAGGCCAACCUGUUCUUCUGAAGAACAUCAUCUGCAUGCAUGAGCAGGACAAUGGACUUCAACACAAGCACACUAAUUAUAGAUCGGGAGCAGCGACCGUGGUCCGUAACCGGCAGCUUGUUCUCCAGAUGAUUUGUACUGUGGCCAACUAUGAGUACAUCUUUGCCUACAUUCUUGAUCAAGCAGCAAAUAUUGAACUCGAAAUCCGCGCAACGGGCAUCUUGUCAACAGUGCCCUUUGACAACACUAAUGGAGAGACUGUGAAAUGGGGCACCAAUGUUGGCCCAGGCGUUAUGGCGCCUUUCCACCAACACAUGUUCUCCUUGCGCAUUGAUCCUGCUAUUGAUGGCUUCAAGAAUACUGUCUACUAUCAAGACAGUGUCCCCCUCCCAGAAGACAAAAACAAUCCAUACUUGGUUGGAUACACUACGGAAGAGACCACUAUCGACAAAUCAAACACUGCCAACACUGACAUCAACCGGCAUCGGGUCUUUAAGAUCCGUAACGACAACGUUAUCAACCCUAUUACUUAUAAGCCUGUGGCAUACAAACUUCAAGCCGCUCCCAGCCAGAUGCUUAUCAUGCCGAAGCAUGCCAUUGGCUAUCAGCGCGCGGAAUUCGCCUCCAAGCCUAUCUGGGUGACCAAAUACCAAGACGACGAGCUAUACGCCGCCGGUGAGUUUACCAAUCAAAGCAAACGCGCUAAUGGCGUGGAGACCUGGGUGAAGAGACAAGACAAUACGGAGAACGAAGAUGUUGUUUUGUGGCACACAUUUGGUCUCACUCAUAACCCUCGUAUUGAGGACUUCCCCGUCAUGCCCAUGGAGCGUAUCAGCGUCAUGCUCAAGCCGGACGGUUUCUUCACCAAGAACCCAGCGUUGGAUGUCCCUCAAUCAGCGCAAAGUUUCAACAGGUCCACCCUCCAUCCGGAGUCAUGUUGUGAGUCCGUCAAGAGCAAGAUAUAG